GUCAUCAUUGAGCGACGGAUGUAAGAACAGAGCAUUCUCCGAACAACCCUUUACUACCUUCGCCUGAACGUUUGGCUACUGCUUUUCGCUAAGAUGAACAUUCACCCUUCCUCCACUCCCGGUGACCUUGAGCGGCGAGUCCGGAGCGCACUGAAGAAGGUCUUUGGGUUUGACUCUUUUAAGACGCCUUUACAGGAGAGUGCGACCAUGGCUGUAGUGAAAGGUGACAAGGAUGUCUUUGUGUGCAUGCCCACAGGGGCAGGAAAAUCCCUUUGCUAUCAACUCCCCGCUCUGCUGGCCAAAGGCAUCACCAUUGUAGUCUCUCCUCUCAUUGCCUUGAUUCAGGACCAAGUGGACCAUUUGUUGGCCCUGAAGGUACGAGUGAGUUCUCUGAACUCUAAGCUCUCAGCACAGGAGCGGAAGGAACUGCUCUCUGACUUGGAACAAGAAAAGCCCCGGACCAAGCUUUUGUACAUCACCCCAGAGAUGGCAGCUUCAGCCUCCUUCCAGCCCACCCUGAAUUCCCUCAUGUCCCGUCACUUGCUGUCUUACUUGGUGGUAGAUGAAGCUCAUUGUGUUUCCCAGUGGGGACACGACUUUCGUCCUGACUACUUGCGUCUGGGUGCCCUGCGCUCCUGCCUGGCACAUGCCCCAUGUGUGGCCCUGACUGCCACAGCUACCCCACAGGUCCAAGAGGAUGUGUUUGCUGCUUUGCACCUGAAGCAACCAGUGGCUUCUUUCAAGACUCCCUGCUUCAGGGCAAACCUCUUCUAUGACGUGCAGUUCAAGGAACUGAUUCCUGAUCUCUAUGGGAACCUGAGGGAUUUCUGCCUUAAGGCUCUUGGACAAAAGGCUGAUAAAGGGCUGUCUGGCUGUGGCAUUGUUUACUGUAGGACCAGAGAGGCUUGUGAACAGCUUGCCAUAGAGCUGAGCAGCAGGGGUGUGAAUGCCAAGGCUUACCAUGCAGGGCUGAAGGCUUCUGAUAGAACACAGGUGCAGAAUGAGUGGAUGGAGGAAAAGGUUCCUGUAAUUGUUGCAACCAUCAGUUUUGGAAUGGGAGUAGACAAAGCCAAUGUAAGGUUUGUUGCCCACUGGAAUAUUGCCAAGUCAAUGGCUGGGUACUACCAGGAGUCAGGCCGGGCUGGCAGGGAUGGGAAGCCUUCUUGGUGCCGACUCUAUUACUCUAGGAAUGACCGGGACCAAGUCAGCUUCCUGAUCAGGAAGGAAAUAGCAAAACUCCAGGAAAAGAGGGGGAACAAAGCAUCUGAUAAAGCCAUCAUCUUGGGCUUCGAUGCCCUGGUGAGCUUCUGUGAAGAACUGGGGGAAUUAUCUUGUUUGAGGAGCAGCUUGAACGAAGCACAACCAACAAUUGUGGGAGAUCUGUGGGGUCCUGAGUCCUGACCAGCAGGGUGAGAUGCCCACCGUGCACUAUACUGAUCAUUUACACGACUUCCUCCUUGCCCUGGCUCCUGCUUGAAAUAGAAAGUAAGUGCUUGAACCCUUUCUGGUUGCAUUGCCCAACCCUGUAGCUUUUGAGGACAGGAGGUGGACUCCUGCUCUG